AAUGGCGGCCCUCACAGACCUCUCUUUUAUGUACCGCUGGUUCAAAAACUGCAACCUGGUUCGAAACCUCUCAGAGAAGUAUGUCUUCAUCACGGGCUGUGACUCUGGCUUUGGGAACCUGUUGGCCAGACAGCUGGUUGACAGGGGCAUGAGAGUGCUGGCUGCUUGCCUCACCGAGGAGGGGGCCCAGAAACUCCAGCAGGAGACCGCCUACCAGCUGCAGACCAUCCUCCUCGAUGUCACGAAGACCGAGAGCAUCAAGGCGGCAGCCCAGUGGGUGAGGGACCAAGUGGGCGAGCAAGGCCUCUGGGCCCUGGUGAACAAUGCCGGUGUGGCUCUGCCCAGCGGCCCCAAUGAAUGGUUGACCAAAGAAGACUUUGUCAAAGUGAUCAACGUGAACCUGGUGGGUCUGAUUGAAGUCACCCUGAACAUGCUGCCCAUGGUCAAGAAAGCCCGGGGCAGGGUAGUCAACAUGUCCAGUUCCGGUGGCCUUGUGGCCGUCAUCGGUGGUGGUUACUGUGUCUCCAAGUUUGGUGUUGAAGCCUUCUCUGAUAGCAUCAGGCGAGAGCUUCAUUUCUUUGGGGUGAAGGUCAGCAUUAUCGAGCCGGGGAACUACCGGACAUCCAUUCUGGGCCAGGAAGCUCUACAGUCGCGCAUGAAGAAGCUGUGGGAUCGGCUGCCUCAGGAGACCCGGGACAGCUACGGAGAGGACUAUUUCCGAGUCUAUACUGAAAAGUUGGUCAACUUGAUGCAGUUGGCCCAUCCUAAAAUCAGUGAUGUCACCAACAGCAUGGAGCAUGCUAUUGUCUCCAGGAGCCCCCGGAUCCGCUACAAUCCUGGCCUGGAUGUCAAGCUUCUCUAUAUCCCCCUGGCUAAGCUGCCCACCUCUGUGACAGAUUUUAUCCUGAGCCGAUACUUGCCAAGGCCAGCAGAUAGUGUUUGAGCUGGGGAGCUGAAGGGGUGUCCUGUGGGGCAUAGAGGAGGGGGCAAAGGACUAUGGGGUCACAAGAAGCAUUAUUAUGUAUCUUGUGGGCAUCUGACACCCACUGCUGGCUUAUGUCUCCCUGCUUCUGUUGGGGCCUCCAGAAACCUUAUGUGGCUCCUGCUUAUUUAGAGGGUUGCCAUAUAGACCCCAAGACACCUCUCACCAAGGCACAUACAUGUGGUCCCAGCCAUGGAAAAGUCAAGGAGAAGAAAGCUGGUUUCUGUUGAAUGACAAGCUGUGACCACCUCUGUAAAAUACCAUGAGAGAAUCUAGUCCAUGGGAGAAGCUCAACCCCCUCCCCACAGUUCUCUACACAAGUACUGAUUUGUGCAUAUAUGAAAUAUGUAAUAUAGCAGCAAGAUCUGCCAGAGCAUAGCCAGAGAAUGUUUUAAGUUGUUCCCUUUUCUUUGUGUUCCUCUGUCCGUAGGUGAUUGGGAUCCAUAUACCACUUCUUUAAUCACCAUUGAUUAAUGUUUCAAGUAUUUAUUGAGUACUUACUCCCUACCAGGCACUGAGGUUCUGGGGGUAUAGGAGGAGGAUGAAAUCAAGAUCUUGGACUUUU